AUGGACGAUGAAAUUACUGUUAUAAACCCAAGGAAUUCAAAGAGAUUCAGCACGAUCAAAAUUAUUAAUGAAGAGGUUCAAGAUGCUCAAACACAUAAUGAUUUAAAUAAUGCACCGACUUACGAAUAUGAUACUCUUUAUGAAAAUCAACGAGGGUUGUUUUUAUUUGGUUUACCAAAGUUCAGUUCUAAUGCGCUGAAUCCAGCUGAUCCUCAACCUUGGUGCGACAAAAAUUAUAAAUUCUCUCCAAUGGAUAUUUACACAUAUCAGUUACCAAACCCGAUGUGGGAAUGGGUUCACAAAGAAUGGUUGAUUGAUAUGUCUGGUGAUGUGGAUGAAGAGGGUUGGGAAUAUGCUCCCGAUUUCCAUUGUCCUUGCUGGCACGGUUGCUAUAAACCACUUCGUUCAUUUGUUCGUCGAAGGCGUUGGAUACUCAUGUUGCCAUUACAACUAAAAAUCCCAGAAAUUGGUAGUGAAUUUCCAACAGUAGAAAGUUUUAAGGAAGUUGCCCAAGAAGGUGUUAAAGUGGCAGGCUUUGCUUUUAGUGUAUCAUCAUCAAAAAUAACAUAUAGUAAAAAAGAUAGUUGUACACCUUUUGUUACUUUGCAAUGUACAAUGGGAGGCAAAUAUAGAAAUAACUAUAAAGUUAUAGAGAAAACUUGA